UAAAAAAUCAUCUAACAUAAAAAAAUCACCAACAAUGCUCUUGUAUUUUCCUUCUUGAAUACGUCAAUUCUCCCUUCAUUCAAGAUCGGUGUACCUCUUCCGUAUCUGUAUAUCCGCAGCAUCUUCCUCGUAUAAGGGCACAAGAUCGGAUUACGUUUUUCCGGCGAGGGAAAGCAGCUCCUUCCAUUCCAUGGCUAUUACUAGAGUUCGGUCUCUGCGCUUCACUUCACUUUUGAGAUUGCAAAUAUAUUGAAUGGUCAUCACUCAUUACUCCUUCAUUCAAGAGUUUUUUUUCCAGAAUGUGCACCAUUCGAGAAAGUGGGCCGCGCAGCGGAGGGCGGCCACGUUCGAGGCCGUGAGCUCGAUUCCGAAGCCGUAGCUGAAUUUUGAGUCAAUUUGAAAAUUCGCACCCGUGUUGUGUUUUUGAGUUGGAUUCCUUUCAAUUACAGUGAGAAAGGGUUUUGGUUAACUGGGUAUUGUUGUUUGUUGUGUUUGGGUUUCUGGGUGUUCGUGAAUUGGUUUGUAUUUGGGUUGAGAAGUUGUUUUUUUGAGUGUAACUGUGACGCAGAAUCGAGCGUGUGCAAUUUUAUGUUUCUUUCAAACACAGACACAACACUUUCUCAUUGAAGAAGAAGAUUGUACUUUUUUUAUGUUAGAUGAUUUUUGACCCUUGGAUGUAAUUUUAAUUAUACUUAAUCCAAGGGUCAUAAUGUAGCUGUUGGGGCUGCUGAUGCUUUAGAUUGUCGAAGGAUAAUUGAAGAUGAAGUUUUCUGGUCGGCUUCCAAACCUCAACCAUUUACGAGCCGAGCCCAACGGUUGCUGCUCGUCGUCGGUUGCCAUUUCGCUGCACCAGUCAGAUGUCGUUCUCCGAACCGGGCCACUUGACCGACGUCGUCGAUUUGAGGCGAUGUGCAAUUUAGGGGAAGCGAUCUGCUGUUUUUGUUUCUGGAUUUUGAGAAGGAAAAACAGAGAAAUAAGGGAAGAAACAGCCCUCCUCUGUCAAUCUCACGUCUCUCAUGAACGGAAUGUAAAACCAAUCGUGUUGGUUGGGACUGUGGACGUUGACAUUGCGGUUGACGAGGUCCCUGCUAUGAAGUUUCAGAAUUUGUCGAUUGCUAAACAUGUUCUUGAACAUGUGCUAUUGAUGGGUUCGCGUGAUGCCCGUGAAGCUGUGAAGCACUUUAGGCCAGCUCCUAACGUGCCACACAGCCACACCAUACCAUAUGUUCGAGCAAAGGGAAUGGAAUUUGGGAGGGCUAGAGGAAGGAGAAACAACCGUGGCUUCAGAGUUUUAAGUUAUUUUGGUUUCUAAGUCAAAGUUUAACUCCAUGUUUGUUUAGUUUCAUUAUGAGAUAUUGUAUCAUUUAGUAAUACCCUGCCUUGUGAUUCAAAUGCUAUCAGAUACACUUUUGAACUAAUGUUCUUGGUAUCAUGAUAAAGGUUUUGUGUAAAAUAAAAUAAAAAAUUUCAAU